AUGGUAGCACCAUCUUCAGGGUCCAGUUCACUCAAGGAGUAUUUAAAAAGAUACGAAAAUAAUGAGGAGGAGAAGAAGAAGAAGAAGAAGAAGAAGAAGAAGAAGAAGAAGAUGAAAACUAAGCCUGAUAUGAAUAGUGUUCUUGUUGUUGAUGAGGAUCCUAUUUGGCAAAGUCCAGUUCAGCUUGAAGAAAAAGAUGAUGAGUCACAAGAUGAAGAGAAGCCACAAGUUGAUGAAGAUAUUGAAGUGAAACGAAUGAAAAGAUUAGAGCAACUUAAAAGCUUGCGACCUUUUGGUGCUAUUUCUGAAGAUGGAAGCGGUUGGGUUCCCGUGUCUGCUACUGCUAAAAAUUCCGACAUCUCUCCGCCACGUAGACGUAGGGCCCAGAAUGACACACCAGAACCGGAAUCAGAAUCCGAACAUAUAUCAGAAUUGAAUUUCGACAUGUCCCCACCCUGUAAACGAAGGGCACAUAAUGAUACACUAGAAUCAAAAUAUGAUAUUUCUCCUCCUCGGAAGGGCCGAAGUCGAGAGUCUGAUAUUUCUCCUCCCAGACGGGGGCAUAAUCGUCCACAUGAUGAUCUUUCUCCCCCGAGAAAACCUAUCAAGGAAUCGAAGAGGCCAAAAACUGGUUUAGUCAGUGGUAAAGAUAUAAAAGAAGAAAUUGCUAAAACAAGUAAGGAUGAUUGGUUGAGGUUUCAAAAAAUGUAUCCUUCUAUAAGUGGGCGAAAUGCUGAAGGCGUACGUCGUGAUAAGAGAACUGGGUAA